CAUGCACCGCUCCUCUCAGACGACAGCGCAAUGGAGGGCGAUUCGACGUGCCGGGUCUGUCGGGAAGCCAUCCAAGGCCCGUAUCUCUCGGCUGCGGGCAAGUCCUUCCAUCCGGGCUGCUUUGUAUGUUUCCAGUGCCUUGAGCCGUUCCCGGACGGACAGUACUACGAAGCCGGCGAUUCGGUCUACUGCGAGUUCGACUAUGGCAUGCUUCACGGGUCGCGCUGCGGCCGAUGCGGCGAGAUCAUCCGGGGUAAGAUUACCACAGCACUCGACAUGAAAUGGCACCCCGAGCACUUUACUUGCGAGGGAUGCAGCAAACUCCUUGCGGGCUCGGGGUUCCUCAAGUAUAAGGGCAAGCCAUACUGCAAGCCAUGCCAUCAGAAGGCCAAGGAAAAAGACAUCCAGCUGCAGGGCGAAAUCUGCGAGCGCUGCAAAAAGCACAUCAGCAAGGGAGACAUGAUCGUUCUCAAGGGCCAAAAGUUCCACAGCCACCACUUCAGCUGCUGUCAGUGCAAGAAGCAGCUCGAGGUCGGCAAGUUCAAAGAGCAUGAAGGCAAGCUCUACUGCCUGGAGGACUAUGCUCUGGCGACAACCCAGACCUGCGACACUUGCAAGCAGACCAUCAUCGGCCGGAGCGUCGCUGCCCUCGGCAAGGUGUUUCACCCAGAGCACUUUGUGUGCUCAGAGUGCCAGCAGCCAUUUGCUGGGACUUCCUUUUGGGAACAUGAAAUGCAGGUUUACUGCGAGACCCACUACAACGAGAGAAUCGGGGCCAUGUGCGCAACAUGCUACGAGCCGGCUUCGGCUGCUGCUGGCGCUGUUAUCGAGACUAUGAAGAAAAAGUUCUGUGCCAACCACUUUAUCUGCUUCACCUGCCACCGAGACUUGACUGCAAAGGGAGCCCGGUAUUUUGAGUUCGACCGCACGCCGCUGUGCAAGCGCUGCUUUGAGAAGCUGCCCUCCAAGGUGCGCAAGUCCAUCAACAAAUAUGCCGAGAUCGAGCGGAAGGUGGCGGAAUUGGAAGAGAAGGAGAAACGAGCAAAGAAAUGAACGCAUGUGUGCCUGUAUUCUGCGUCGCGCAUAUCCGCAAAUCGAGUGACCACGAGUCUCCGGAGGCGCCGGAUGGCAGGGAGCCGAUGUAGUGGCAGCGCGAGUUGUAUCGCCGCAAUGGUGCCCAAGCAGAGCGAUGUCCGGUGUGCUUGAUGCACCCAGCCACGAUGGAUGCGUGGGCAUUGUGGACUUAUUUCGAGGACAGCUCCGAGCCGAGUUUGU